UUCAACACUUGAAACAUGGUGGUCAUUGCAAGAUACGAAGACGUUACAAGAGAUAAUAAGGAAUACGCUCACUUGUGAAAUGUGGCAAACUAACUCUAAACACUUGGAAACAGAAAGAGCAGCGGAAGGAUUGAACCUGUUGCCUAGACGAAAUACCAACAGAAGUAUCACAACAUAAUGAGUGACAGCCGUAACAACGUUACCCACACCUACACAUGUGCCCAUGCCGUUGACGACGACGUCAUGGUUCGCAACGACGUCACAGAUGGAGGAGGAGUGCGACUUUCACCAACUCACUGCAGUCGCUAUGUCAGCUUUAGCUCCACUCAGCACCACACCAUGUCAGGUGACACGACCUCUCUGGCACCACCAGUUGGGACAAUGUCUUCCCCUGAUUCAUCUCACUUGCAUUCCUAUGGUCCUAGCAGUAGGUCGGGCACCCAAAAGCCAAAUAUCUUGAGAAAAACAUCUCGAAGACGGGAGGUCAGUACAAGUAGUCAUGGUAACAGUGCUAAUCCCACUCCGAGUCUUAAAGAAAAACGUUUAUCAAAAGGCUGCCCAAACAAACGUUUGAAGAAGGCCGUCAGCAACAUUUGUGGUCAGCAAAGACAAUCUGUUACUGGCAGUGUUUGUGCAGACAACCUCGUGAAUUCAUUGACAGAAGCUUGUAGUUUACCUGUCGUAAAUAAGCACGUGUCCGAUUUUCCACAAGAUAUCAAUAACAGCAUUGGAACUGUCCUCCCAUUUUACCACCUUGACAAACAUCAUCACAGAUAUAAUGGUUCUGUUUCGCUGGAAGCUGAGACACCAUCACAGCCUGCAAUGAGUUCUGUAUUCACGCUCAAGCCUCAUACAACCAGACCAAUGAAUACUAGUAAAUCACUUGUAAAAGCAUCGCCUACAGAACACUCAGUUCUACCUCCUGCGACUGCUAGUCCAUCUACGAAGGGUCCAACACAACUCAAAGGCAAUACCUAUUUAGAGAGAGUCAAAGGAAACACAAUGCUUUCUCGAUGCCUGCCUGUUCAGAUUUGUCAUACAAUUUCCAUACAAAGGAGUGCCACCAGUAAGGGCACAGGUGACACGGGCGUUGAGGAUGAUAAAGACACCUCGGGCGCUGGGCUGCAAAGUCCACAAUCUCUGAAGACCCUACGGACCAUGACUGACAGACGAGUUUCAUCUUUGCCCGAUAAUGUCAUAAAAUCUGAACCUAAUAUUUCACAAGCAUGCGAUGCUACGCCUGUAGACCUGAAAGAAUCUAACAAUGGCAGAUCCGUCUUGUCACAGAAUCAAGAUAAUGGCUCUGAGGUAAACUCAGUGUGUCACUUUGGACAAAGAGGUUCCAAGAGAGGGAGACCUAAGCCAAAGACAACCAAAGACACGGUUAAUGCAGCACCUCAGCCUUCACCAUCUCCGCAAAUUUCAAAAUCAGCAGCCACACAUUCCAACAAAACUGACCCUUCAACUACAUGCAUACUGCCCACUGACGGUUCUAUACCUUUUGACCCAACGGCUUAUGCACUUUGCAACACUGGUCGGUCACCAUUUGGAUUUUACCACAAUGACAAACUGUAUUUGUAUGUGCCUGAUCCAGAAACUGGUGACGGUCAGUCUACUAUUAAAGAAGGGGUACAGAAGGGGCUAGUAGCUAUUCAACCAAAGUCGGUGAAAAGUCCUCUAAGUCUGCAGGCUGACCAGCUGAUGGGUACAUCAGAGAAGCUGGUUAACCGCAUUAAGGAUAGCUCUGACACCAUUCCAAUUGUCAUCAUGAGACCGAAAAGAAAAGCUGAAGUACCUCCGAGAAAUGAAGCGCAAAGAGGUAAGGGGACUGUAGCUGGGGCGACGAUACACAGACAAAAGACCGGUUGCUAUUCUUCAUCUACGAAAUCUGAAGAAAAUACUGGUAGAAAAUCAUCGACCUCCCAUUCUGUUAAAGACAACGCAACCAAGUCUGCUAGAAGUGCAGAGUCUGUGAAUGGUCAUGGUUUCAGUGACAUUAUUUGUAGUAUAAGUCGUAUGCAUGCACAGCGCAAGGACAACACAAAAGCCACAAGUUCACAGGGGGUCCAGAUGAAGGACUGUUACAUUGACAUGGGAACCAGGAAGUCAUUACCCGACACUCUGGAUCUCCAAACACAACAUGACACAACGUCAUGCAAAGAACUAAAUAAAGGCCACAAUUCUUCAUCUCAGGUGACAAAAGUUCACAUCAAACCUACCUGUUUGCCAAAAUCCAAAGUUAAAGUUACCAGUUCUGAAAAAAGUCCAAAGUCGGGAAAAGGUGGAAAACUUAUGAUCAAGCAGGAACCAGAUCAGCUUCAAGGAAAAAUAGAUGAUAACAGGAUGGCAUCCUUGAUAUCACAGUAUCACAACAGAGGCAACAAACAAUCUGAAGACGGUAUGAAACAGCCUUUUAAAGUCAUUCUGCAAACACCUAAAGCAGUUGUUGUACCAAAUGAAUGCCCUCGUAAAAUCAAUUCACCAAAACAGCUUGUUGAGCUGGAGUGCACUGAAGCACCAUACAACAUUAAGGACUUUUCACUUACUAAAGUGCAUCAGUGCACGGGAUCAACAGGCAUCUCUGUAAUCCGGAGAAAACUGACAAAGACAUCAGGUUGUAUAUCUGACCAUUCCCAAACCAAUACUCACAGAGAUAACAAGCUCCUAAAAAGUAGUGGAGAGAAAUCAAACAACAUGACUGGCAGGAACUUGAGGGCAGCAGAACCAAAUAUGUACUAUUCAAAUGGCAGGUUAAAUACCAAGUCAAAGAUUAAUUCGAAUCCAAUAACAACAGGUCUUGGAUCGAUUGGGUUGCAGAGAAAUGUGAAGUUAGAAUCUAAGACAACAUCAAAUACACUGGGGUGCUGGUUUCAGGAUAUUGGCCAGCUAUUCUAUGCUGCCGGGGCACAGAUUAACGUAACGGAUCCCUUCACAACAUCACAGAGGACAACUAUUUUCACAAUUUGCUUCACGACUCAGGACUCCUUCCUAAAAAUUGAACAUGAUGUACCAUCCAGCCUUCCUGCUUAUCUUUCAUACUCGGACGACCACGUCGUCACCACGAUCUUCACAGGCCACAUGUGUUCCGGGUUCUUCCUCGUGACGCCAACAGGCAUGGUCAAGGAUGACCCCAAAAGACCCCAUCUGUACACAGAGUCGGCACUCCUGGAACCCUACUCUUCCAAACAUCCGCUUCCUGCGCAUUCAGUAUGCCUGGUCCUUGGGCCGCUGGAAGAGGACUGGAAAAUAUCACUUCAGCUUGCAAAUAGUCUGCCAAAGAGGACCUCUGUAGAUAAAUUGGUGGAACACUUCAUUGGCGAAGAGGAUUGCAGGUGCCUCUCCACAUCACACAGUAUGGAACAGAUCGGAAUCAGCGAUUCUUACAAGAGACGUCCGUUGUCAAGUGUUCAGUACAAGAAACACCGGGACCACAUUGAGGUGUUGAGCUGUAAAUGCAGGGAGUGUAAUCCUCUCAGCAGGUGGCGGAGGGGAAAGAAGGCAAUCUCUGCACCGCCUCUUAGCAGCGGUGAUGAGGACAGUUUGUUGAACACUACAGGUGAUGAGGAUAAAGGCUUCUUGAAUACUUCCCAGCCUCAUGUCAAGGAGGCUGGUCUCCUAGAUGAUGGCUUCAAUCGGCCAGGAUGCUGGGACCCUUAUUUACCAGUUAAAACCGAAUAUCUAGGUGAGACCUUUUCUAUGGUAUCUCCUGUAAGGCUCGGCUGUACGACCAACCAUGCCAACAUAAAGCAGAUGAAGAUGGUCGAGGCUACCCUCAAACAAACAGCAGGCGGUCAGCAGAUUGAAGUGGUUAACUCUGUUGUGAUACCAAACCGGAAACCAAAGCAGAAAGAGGGGAAGAUGGUUGUGAAAAUGGGAUUUCCCUGUAGACGGACCUGUGAUCAUCCAGUUCGGCAGUAGCAGCACAUGAAAUAGACUGGCCAAAUUGCAUUACGCUGGAUACACAAGUACCAUGGGGCCCGUUUCACAAAGCGAUCGUAGCGC